AACUCCCCACCACCUCCACCAUACUACUCUCCUUCCCCGAAGUUAAACUACAAGUCUCCACCACCGCCAUACGUAUACAGCUCUCCACCACCCCCACCAUACUACUCUCCUUCCCCGAAGGUAGACUACAAGUCUCGACCAUCACCAUACAUUUACAGCUCUCCACCACCCCCACCAUACUACUCUCCUUCUCCUAAGGUCGAAUACAAAUCUCCACCUCCACCAUACGCUUACAGCUCCCCACCACCUCCCCCAUACUACUCUCCUUCUCCGAAGGUAGAGUACAGGUCUCCACCACCUCCAUACGUCUACAACUCCCCACCACCUCCACCAUACUACUCUCCUUCCCCGAAGGUAUACUACAAGUCUCCGCCACCGCCAUAUGUAUACAGCUCCCCACCACCUCCACCAUACUACUCUCCUUCCCCGAAGGUAUACUACAAGUCUCCGCCACCGCCAUAUGUAUACAGCUCCCCACCACCUUCACCAUACUACUCUCCUUCGCCAAAGAUGGUCUACAAGUCUCCA